GGAAGAGGCUCUUGGUGGGUGGGUGUUGUUCGGUAGGACUGCUAACGGUAACGGGUGCCUAGCGGUAACGGUAACGGGAAUGUCAACCGCAAGAGCAGAGCUUUAGAAGCCAGCGUCGUAGGAGAUUCAGAACCAGCACCAUAACCAGAAUCAGAGUCAAGACCCAGAGUUAAAAGCAGUCCGACAAGAGAGUUGCGAAAAACAGCGAAAAAAUCAGGCGAAAAAGUCCAAAAUAAAAUUGACAAAUACGAAACGCUAAAUGUUAGCGCCCGAACCAGCGGCAAUCAAUCAAUUAGGCCCAGCUGGGUGGCGCCCCAGCAACAACAACAAUACGGCCGGAGAGAGCAGACGAAAGUGUGGCAGUGACAGGAGCAGAGAGAAAGAGAAAGAGAGAUAUAAAGGCAUCAGUGACAGCAGUUAAAAAUCAAUAUCCGUCUAAAGUUUUUGUCGGUUUCGGGACCGACCAACUCAGAAAAUUAAAGUUGCACACUACCAGAACUACCGAAAUUAUUAUUUUUGAAAUUAGUUGACUUAUAAUCUUGAUAGCCUCCUACGCUCUUGGCCAAAAAUUAAAACAAAUUAUUUGCGAAAGUAAUCGUGUGUCCAUUUUGUGCUAGGCUUGAUUAAAGAGUUAACGAAGUAGUCAGUAACAUUUAUAGAGUCGCAGCUUUAAGUGAAAGAACAACUCGCUCCAUCCAAAGCCACGUGUGUUAAUAACGUAAGAAUCGCUCCGAAUAACUAGUGACAAAUACCCAGUGCAAUCAACCAACCAACCAAGCUACUCGAAGUUUAACCAAAAGAUCCGACGAUUGACGACAAGGAUCGACUAGAUAACGCGAAAAAAGCCAAAAAACGAAAGCGAAUCGAGAGUAAAACCAAAGAACACUUAAAAGCUAAACAAAAAACGAAUUUUCAUGUUUAAAACGCAAAACCAAAAUUAUCGAUAAACCAAUUAAAAGGAAAACCAAAGAGACAAAACCAAAAGUAAAGUAAAUUGCUACAAGAAAACGCUAGUCCAAAUCUUCACUAUAUAUAUAUACGUAUACUAUAUAUAUUUAACUAAUAAUACUUCAAGAAAACACGCCAAUUGCCGCAAAAUUUACUUCAAGACGAAAAACAAAAAGAUUUCCAUUAAACAAACGCAAAAUACCAAAUACCAAAAACACAGCUUCAAAGUGUGCACAAUAAAAAAGCAAAAAAAAGUUAAUAGCAAAAACAAAAGACCUCCAAACCAAAACCAAGACAAAUUAUUAUUAAACAAAACCGAAAAACAAUAAACCAAACAAAGUCGAAGAAAAAACAAAGGUAAAGGCAAAGAAAACUGAGUCAAAGUCACGGCCAGCAAACAAAAAUAAAACAACAAGAAAAAGAAAAGGAACAACAACGGCGGUUGUGAAGUGAAGCGUCACCACUGGCCACGCCCACUCCCCGCUCAGCCGCUCCCGUUUAGCAGUUUUUCCUUUUGACAGCGUAUCGUUUCCAAGAAAUCGUGCGUGUUACGAGCGAAAAACUAAAAAGCCAGUGUCGGUAAAAGAUUCCCAGAGAGUGGUCCUUCUUUUUUUCAAGUGUACGAACUAGUUUUUUUUCUGUGUGACCCAAGCCAAGCAACAACAACAACUGCACCAAUUGUGAUGGGAGAUCAGCCAAAGGCAACGACAACCGCAAUCGGAGAAGCAGCUGGUCCAGCCCCCGAAGGCGACGCCGUGAUGGCCGCCACCCAGAACUCGCUGCCCAACGGGAAUGGCAGCGGUGGUCCCCAGGACCAGAACCAGGAGCCAGGCCAGCAGGAGCACGAGGAUCGAGGGGAUGCCGGCGACGACGUCGCCACCGAUGCCGGGGCUAGCUCGCUGCCCCCCUCGGAGAUCGGGGGUCGGGCGCCCCUGGACACGGCCUGCUCGGACGCAGACGGCGGUGCCGCCUCCAGCUUGGCCGGCGGCAUCGUGGGUCCGCCCAGUCCGCUCACAGGCUGCUACCUGCUCAUCGUCCUGGGCGAGCCGCACUCCGAGGAGCACAAGGACAACAUCUUGCAGCAUCUGCUUAAGGGUUUCCUCUCCUGGGACGUUUCCGAUUGUCACGUCGACUUGGAAGAGGAGCUCAAUACAAUUACACAGCAUGCGCCCGAGGGCGAGGAGGCUCGUCACGGCGAACGGCUCAUCCAAUAUGCCAGCGAGAAUCUAGUGACGGAGGUGCUCAUCCACCCGCAGUACAACACGCUGAUCCAGUGUAUGCGCAACCUGCUUAGCAGCUUUACCCGCCACCGGCACAUCAUCCAUGCCGGCUACACCUUCAGUGGCAAUGGUUCCUGGAUACUGCAGGACGGAACCUUCUCGGUGGCGGACUUCUCUGAGGCCCUUCAGGAGCACGACGUACAAAGGGUAAUCCGCGCUUACGCGGACACCAUCACCAUGAACAUCCACUGCGCGGACGCGGGUCUGUGGCACACUCUCCCCGAAAAGGCCUUUGCGCGCCAGUGCCGGAUCCGGAUCAAUCCUGUGGACGUCCUGGACACGAGCAGCGAGAGUAUCAACGGGUUUUUGGAUUACUUGGCGCCUAUGGUGAUGCCGACCUCGCUGAGGGAGCUGCUCGAGACCUCGGAUGUUGUGGGCAACAUCCGCUUCACGCAUCCCACGCUAUACGUAUUUCCCGGCGGUCAGGGUGACGCCGCGCUUUUCGGGAUCAACGGCUUCAACAUGCUGGUUGAUGGCGGUUUUAAUCGGAAGGCUUGCUUUUGGGACUUUGCUCGGCACCUGGACCGACUGGACGCGGUCCUGAUGACGCGCCUCAACAACAGCAACGUGCAGGGCCUGGGGGCGGUGGUGUCGCGCAAGCGGGACUCCCACGUCUACCCCCAGAUCGGGCACUUCUUCGGCAACGUACCUGACCGCAAGGGGCUGCCCAGCCCCGACGGCGACAAGGAUCGCGACCCGCUGCUGAUCGAUUUGUUCGAGCGCGGACACGGGAUCGUGAGCGACCUGAAGGCACUGGACCUGAAGCCGCAGGGCUGCUACCGCAACCAGGAGCCGGUGAACCUCUACCACAAGGUGGGCCACGGCACCCUUGACAUGUAUGUGAUAAGCCCGGCACGCGACUCCAAGGAGGUGAAGGACUUCCUGCAGAAGUGGCACGCCGGCGACCAAAGGCUCUUCGCCGCCCGGGAGUCGCGCGACUUUAACUUUCCACUGCAGAACCUGGUGUCCAUAUGCGCGCUGCUCGUGUGGCAGCCGGCCAACCCGGACGACACCAUCACCCGCAUCCUCUUCCCGGGCAGCACGCCCGACUUCAAGAUCCAGGAAGGCCUCGAGAAGCUCAAACACCUGGAGUUUAUGAAGCACUCGACCUGCACAGCCAAGUCCAUUGCCCCCGCCAUCCAAACGGUGGCCGGAACGCGCAAAAGCCUGAAGUCUGCCAUUGAGGCCACGCCCGCUCCGCCCAGCGCCAGCUACAAGUCCUCCAAGUUCGGCCCCGUCGCCAGUGCUGCCAUAGCCGUCCAGCAUCCGCAUCCGCAGCAGCAGCAGGACAACAAGGCAAAGGAGGCGGCCAAAGAGGCCGCUGCAUCCAUAGUCCGCACCAAGGCCGAUUCCAUCGACACGGACGUAGAGCAGGAACCCGAACCCGAACCCGCUGACACUGGGGACGAAGGAGCUCCCACGGAACAGGAGCCCGAGGCUGACACGGAACCCGAGCACGAAGCCGAGCAGGAGCAGGACAACAAGGAUGCCGGGGAGGAGAAGAAGGUGGAAGUGCUGAUCAUGAAGUCCCAACAGGCGACAGCACCUGCAGUCUCUGGAAAGGAUGCGCCCGAUGCAACCCCUGCCGAUGCCACGAUGCAGGCCGGAAAGCAAGCGGGCAAGGGGUCGUCCAAGUCGUCAAAGGCGGAGAAGCCACGGGCGGAGGUGAAGCCCGUGGUGCGCUCCCGCAUCGACACCAAGCCGCCCAAGUCCAUGGAUCGCAAGCUGGCCAAGCGGGACGAGAAGAAGAGCUCGCCCACGGCCACGCCGGCCGCCCGGGCACCGCGCGAUGUCAAGCCCAAGGUGCUGAGCCGCCCGGGCACCAAGUCUAGUCCGAGCAGCACCCCCGCCAAGAGCGCCAAGGAGGCCAACAACCGCAAGGUGCUGGAGUCCAAGCAGCAGGCGGCCAGGGUGCAGGCCACCAGCACGGCCUCCAGGAGGCAGGUCACUACCAGCACAGCCGCCAGUGAGAAACGAGUCGCCCAACAGCAGGCGGAGGCAAAGACGGCCACACAGUCGACAGCCACCCAGAGGAAGCCCAUCUCGCGAAGGCCGCGUGGUGUGUCGCCCUCGAAGCGAGCACCAGCACCCGGCAGUCCGGUCAAGCAGGCCAAGCCAAAGGCGGCCGCUGCGGCGGAGCUCAAAAAGGCGCGCCUGGACAAAGGCGGCACCACCGACUCCAGCCUGGUGUCCACGCCCUCGGCAGAUGAGGCCACGGCCGCCAAGAAGCUGCAGGACCUGACCGCCUCCCAAGAGCUGGACGCCGAGAAGCAGCGCGAGCUGGACGACCUCAAGGAGGAGCAGGAGGUGGUGCGCGAGAUCGAGGCGGUGUUCAGUAGGGAUGAAAUGAAGCGUCAGCAGCACCAGCAGAUUAAGGCCGAGCUGCGCGAAAUGCCCGCCGAGGGAAUCACUGGCGAUGGCGAGGAUGAGCCUGAGGAGGAGGAGGAGUACCUGAUAAUCGAGAAGGAAGAGGUGGAGCAGUACACCGAGGACUCGAUCGUCGAGCAGGAAAGCAGCAUGACUAAGGAGGAAGAGAUCCAGAAGCACCAGCGCGACUCGCAGGAGUCGGAGAAGAAGCGCAAGAAGAGCGCCGAGGAGGAGAUCGAGGCGGCCAUCGCUAAGGUGGAAGCCGCCGAGCGCAAAGCUCGUCCUGCCCGGCAGGACGAGUCAGAGUUGGAGGUGGAAGUGGAGGCGGACCUGGAGCAAAGCGAGAUCAAGGCAGAGGUGCAAGAGAUCAUUGCCACUGCGGAGGACAUUGCCAAGUCGCGUACCGAGGAGCAGUUGGCCACCAAGCCCGCCGAGGAGGAGUUCUCCUCGCCCACGCCCGAGGAGAAGCUGAGCAAGAAGACAUCGGACACAAAGGACGAGCCAGCCGGCGCACCAGUAGACGUCUUGCCCGUCAAUCUGCAGGAGAGCCUGCCCGAGGAGAAGUUCUCGGCCACCAUUGAGUCGGGGGCCACCACGGCGCCCACACUGCCCGAGGACGAGCGCAUCCCGCUGGACCAGAUCAAAGAGGACCUGGUCAUCGAGGAGAAGUAUGUGAAGGAGGAGACCAAGGAAGUUGAGGCCAUCGUUGUGGCAAGCGUGCAGGCUAUCUCCAAAGCGGCUCCAUCCGCAAUCGCGGCCGUAUUGGUGGAAACCACCAAGGAUGGUCCCAAAGCCGCCAAGACCGAGCUUUUGGGAGAGCUGCACGACUCCGGAGAGCGGGUACUGCCCAUGAAAAUGACCUUUGAGGCGCAGCAGAACCUGCUGCGUGAUGUCAUCAAGACGCCCGACGAAGUGGCCGAUCUGCCCGUCCAUGAGGAAGCCGAUCUGGGUCUGUACGAGAAAGAUAGCCAGGAUGCCGGUGCUAAAAGCAUCUCACACAAAGAGGAGUCUGCCAAGGAGGAAAAGGAGACCGACGACGAAAAAGAGACCAAGGAAGCAGAGGUCGAACCGGAAGCUGAACCGGAAAAGGAAGAGCCCUCCAAAAUAGAGCUGAAAGGGCCAGCUGAGGAGGUUGAGCUCGUUGUGACUGAGGCUGUAAUAGAGAAAAAGACAGAAGAGGUCGUGACAGUCGAGACCGAACAGAUUGUGGAGACCGCUGACCAAAUGACCCAGGAACAGCAACAGGAUCAAGUAAAAGAGAAAGAGAAAGAACAGGAGGAGGAUCAGAAGGCAGAGCCAGGAAUCAUUACCGAGAAGGAGGCCAAAAAGUCAGCCAGCACCCCUGAAGAGAAGGAGACCAGCGACAUCACCUCCGAAGAUGAGCUGCCAGCCCAGCUGGCGGAAUCGACCACCGCAGCCCCAAAAGAGAGCAAGGAGCGCGAGGACACCAUCUCCAUGGAGAGCCCCGCCACCAUCGAGGAGGCCAUAGAGGUCGAGGUGCAGGCCAAGCAAGAUGCCGCAAAGAGCGCUGGGGCAGACAAGUCGCCACUGGCCUCAAAGGAGGCCUCUCGUCCGGAGUCUGCAACAGGAAGUGCCAAGGACGAUGCUGAUCAGCCAGAUGCCGACAAGUUCCGCCCCGAUUCGGUGACGGAAGGAACAAAGCCUGAUAGUGCAGGAGGCAAGAAGUCCCCCCUUGCAUCCAAGGAAGUUUCUCGGUCGCAAUCCGUUGCAGAGAUCGUCAAAGAUGAAGGCAAGGAACCAGACAGUCGACGAGAAUCGGGAAGCGCCAAGAACGAAAAAUCUGCACAGGCCUCCAAAGAAGUUUCCCGACCAGGCUCAGUGGCUGAGAGCGUUAAGGCGGAAGCUGACAAGUCCACGGAACCAUCCCGAAGGGAAUCCGUAGCCGAAAGCACUAAGGCGGAGAUGAAGGAAGCCUCGAGGCCUGAAUCCGCCCUCGAGGAUGCCAUAGAUGAAUCCGAAAAACAAAAAAGCCAUCGGGCAUCUAUUGCAGAAAGCGUCAAACCCGAAAGUGCUGAGGACGAAAAGUCCACGACUGCCUCAAUGGAAGUUUCCAGACCAGAAUCUGUGGUGGAAAGCACUAAAGACGAGGCAGACAGGUCAAAGGAGCCAUCUCGUCGUGAAUCAAUAGCAGAAAGCGUCAAGGCCGAAAGCACAAAAGGUGAAAAGUCUCCCCUUGCAUCCAAGGAAGUGUCCCGACCGGAGUCCGUGGCUGAAAGCAUUAAAGAUCAAGCUGAGCAAGUUGAUAGCCGGCGGGAAUCUGUAGCCGAAAGCCUCAAGCCAGACAGUGCAAAGAAGGAAAAGUCCCCACUUGCCUCAAAGGAAGAUUCCAGGCCAGAGUCUGUUGCAGAAAGCGUCAAAGAUGAAGCUGAAAAGUCCACUGAACUAUCCCGUCCGGCAUCAGUUGCAGAAAGUGUCAAUGGAGAGAUCGCAAAGGAUGAGAAGACCGCUGAUGUCGUAGGUAGCCGCCGGGAAUAUGUAGCCGAAAGUGUCAAGCCAGACAAUGAGAAGGACGAAAAGUCUCCACUUGAAUCAAGGGAAGCAUCCAGGCCAGAAUCCGUUGCAGAAAGUGUCAAGGGAGAGAGCAUAAAGGAUGAGAAUUCCGCUCAAGCCUCAAAAGAAACCUCCCGGCCAGAGUCAGUGGCUGAAAGUGUUAAAGCUGAAGCUGAAAAAUCAAGGGAACCAUCUCAACGGGGAUCGAUAACUUCCAGGCCAGAAUCCGUUGCAGAAAGCGUCAAAGAUGAAGCUGAAAAAUCUGUUGAACCAACCCGGCCGGCAUCUGUUACAAAAAGCGUCAAGGGAGAAAGCACAAAGGAUGAGAAGUCCUCUGAAAUCGUAGACAGUCGUCGGGAGUCAAUAGUCGAAAGUGUUAAGCCAGACAGUGCAAAAGACGAAAAGUCUCCACUUGCAUCAAAGGAUGCUUCCAGGCCGGAAUCCGUUGCAGAAAGCGUCAAGCCAGAUAGUGUAAAGGACGAAAAAUCUCCACUUGCUUCAAAGGAAGCUUCCAGGCCAGAAUCCGUUGCAGAAAGCGUCAAGCCAGAUAGUGCAAAGGACGAGCAGUCCCCACUUGCAUCUAAGGAAGCCUCUAGACCAGAAUCCGUUGCAGGAAGCGUUAAAGAUAAAGAUGAAAAGUCCAUUGAACCGUCCCGCCCGGCAUCAGUUGCAGAAAGCGUCAAGGGAGAGAGCAUAAAAGAUGAGAAGUCUUCUGAGAUCCUAGAUAGCCGCCGGGAAUCUGUAGCCGAAAGCGUUAAGCAAGACAGUGUAAAGGACGAAAAGUCUCCACUUGCAUCAAAGGAUGCUUCCAGGCCGGAAUCCGUUGCAGAAAGCGUCAAGCCAGAUAGUGUAAAGGACGAAAAGUCUCCACUUGCAUCAAAGGAUGCUUCCAGGCCAGAAUCCGUUACAGAAAGCGUCAAGCUAGACAGUGUAAAGGACGAAAAAUCUCCACUUGCUUCAAAGGAAGCUUCCAGGCCGGAAUCCGUUGCAGAAAUCGUCAAGCCAGACAGUGUAAAGGACGAAAAGUCUCCACUUGCAUCAAAGGAUGCUUCCAGGCGCGAAUCCGUUGCAGAAAGCGUCAAAGAGGAAGCUGAAAAGUCUAUUGAACCAUCCCGGCCGGCUUCUGUUGCAGAAAGCGCCAAUGGAGAGAGCAGAAAGGAUGAGAAGUCCGCUCAGGCCUCCAAGGAAGCUUCCCGGCCAGGGUCUGUGGCAGCAAGUGUUAAAGAUGAAGCUGAACAAUCAAAGGAAACAUCCCAACGGGGAUCGAUAGCUGAAGCGAAGUCCCCUCUUGCAUCGAGGGAAGGGUCAAGGCCCGGAUCAGUUAUUGAAAGCGUCAAGGACGAAACUGAAAGGCCCGAGAGCCGGCGUGAGUCAGUCGCGGAAAGCAUCAAGGCAGAGAGUGCCAAGGACGGAAAGUCUCCCCUGGCCUCAAAAGAAACUUCGAGGACAGAAUCAGUGGUGGGGAGCAUCAAAGAUGAGGUAGAUAAAUCCAAGGAGGAAUCCCGACGUGAAUCCAUGGCUGAAAGCCUCAAGGCGGAGAGUGCCAAGGACGAAAAGUCUGCUCAGGCCUCCAAAGAUGUAUCGCGUCCAGAAUCGGUUGCGGGAAGUGUGAAGGAGGAAGUCGACAAAUCCGCAGAACCAUCACGACCGGAGUCCGUAGCUGAAUUAAUUAAGACGGAAAUAAGCAAUGUUAGACAGUCACGCAUUGCCUCCCUGGCUGAAUCUGUGGCGGAUAGCGGUAGGGAUGACACCGACAAGCACGAAUCUGGUGUGGAAACUUGCAAACCAGAUAAGGAUAGCAAAUCUCCGAUUGCCUCAAAGGAGAUCUCUAGGCCAGAGUCUCCAAAUGACAGCGUUAAGGAUGAAUCUGAGAAACCAGAUUCCUGUCAGGAGUCGAUGGUUGAGAUCGUUAAGCCAGACAGUGCUAAGGACUCCAAGGAACCAUCCCGGCCUGAAUCAAAGGUAGAAAGCGUGAAAGAUGAAUCUGAGAAAUCCAAGGCACCAUCCCGACGAGAAUCUGUCCAAGGAAGUGUAACAUCCGAAGGUGUAAAGGACGAUAAGUCUUCGUUGGCUUCAAAAGAAGUGCCUAGACCGGAAUCAGUUGCGGAAAGUACAAAAGAUGAGGCAUCAUCUCGACGGAUAUCGGUGGCGGAAAGCGUGAAAGAUGCUGUCCAGUCGAAAGAGGCUUCUCGUCCCGAAUCAGUUGCAAAAUCUCCAUUGGCAUCUAAAGAGGCUUCCCGUCCAGCAUCUGUUGCAGAAAGUAUACAAGAUGAGGCUGAGAAGACCAAGGCGGAAAGUAAUAAGGAUGAAAAAUCACCGCUGGCAUCUAAAGAAACGUCUAGACCGGCGUCCGUUGUAGAAAGUGUGAAAGAUGAAGCCGACAAGUCCAAGGAAUCAUCUCGGCGAGAGUCCCUGGUCGAAAGCGUUAAGGCGGAAAGCAGCAAGGGUGACCAAUCUCCCCAGGCAUCCCAGAAAGCAUCAAGACCAGAGUCCGUGGCAGAAAGCGUCAAAGACGAAGCUGAAAGGCCCAAAAGUCGUGCCGAAUCUGUGGUCGAGAGUGUUAAACCGGAAAGUGCUAAGGACGAGAAGUCGACAGCAGCCUCGAAGGAAGUUUCACGACCGGUGUCCGUCGCGGAGAGUGUUAAAGACGAGGAUGACAAGUCCAAGGAACCCUCCCGGCGGCCGUCUGUCGCAGAAAGCGUAAAACCAGAAAGCCCAAAGGUGGACAAGGUUCCACUUGCUUCUAAGGAAGCGUUCGGACUAGUGUUCGUAACAGGAAGUGUAAAGGUUGAAACCGAAAAAUGCAAGGAACAAUCUCGAAGGGAAUCUGCUGCUGAAAGCGUUAAGGCGGAAAGUGCAAAGGACGAGAAAUCGCGUCCUUCAUCCGUUGCCGAAAGCGUAAAUGACGAAGGGGAAAAGCCAGAAAAUCGUCGGGAAUCAGUUGCCAAGUCCCCAUUAGCUUCGAAAGAAGUCUCCAGGCCAGGAUCUGUAGCUGAAAGCAUUAUAGAUGAGCUUGAAAAGCCUGAGAGCAUCAAGGACGACAAGUCGAAAGAUCCCUCUCGACGCGAAUCGCUAACUGAAAAGUCUGCCGUAAUUUCAAAGGAGUCUUCGCCCAGCCCAGUAUCUGUGGCAUGUGAACACGAAGCUGCCGUCGCUACUGAGGUCGAGUUGAAGUCUUCCAUUUCCCCCAAAGAAGCGUCCCGCCCAGAGUCAAUUGCUGAAACUGCUUCAACACCAAUUGAGGAAGCGGCUUUGGAGUUCUCGGAGUUUGAAGUCGUGAAAAGGGCUAGCCUCGCGCUCACUUUACAAACGGGCUCAGGAGGAAAACUGCCAACGGACUCGAGUCCUGUUGACGUGGCCGAGGGUGACUUUUCUCAUGUCGUCGCUUCUGUUUCCUCAACCACAGCCACUCUUGCCAAGCCAGCAGAGCUCUCGCAGGCUGGUGCUGCUGUAACGAUCUCGUCUCCUGUAGACGAAGCUCCAAAAACGGCGUCUGCUCAGAAGCUGGUAUCCCGACCAGAUUCCCCUGCAGAAUGCGCAAUUGAAGAGAUUGUCAAGGGUGAAAAAUCGCCCCUCUUGAGGCCCGGGUCAAUUGCAGAAACUCACAAGGACGAAAGCCCAAAGAAUGACAAAUUUAAGUCUCAAGGCGCCUCUAAGGAAUCUUCUCGCCCGGAAUCAGUGGCAGAGACAGCAUCAUCGCCCAUCGAGAAAGCACCCAAAGACUUCGCACAAUUCGAGAAAAAGGGAGUGUUACCUUUGAAUAUUGAUGCAAAGGGUAAUCUGCCAACAUUGUCGAGUCCUGUGGAUGUGGCUCAUGGCGAUUUCCCCCAGACAGCCACCCCCUCAAGCUCCCCAACUUCAGGCCCAACCCAACCAGCUGAGCUUUCCAAAGUAGACAUUGAGAAGACAGCAUCGAGCCCGGUAGACGAGGCUCCCAAGUCCCUUAUUGGAUCUCCGGCAGAGGAACGCCCAGAAUCUCCUGCUGAAUGUGCCAAGCACGAUGUUGCCUCAAAGGAGCCGUCUCGGCGUGAAUCAAUUGCCGAGAGCGUGCAGCCCGAGACUUGUAAGGACGAAAAGUCCCCGCAGGCCUCUAGGGAAACGUCCCGACCGGCCUCGGUAGUGGAAAGCAUUAAGGACGAAGGCGAAAAAUCCAAGGAAUCAUCACGUUCACCAUCUGUUGCAGAAAGCAUUAAGGCGGAUAGCACAACAGAUGGUAAGUCCCCUCUUGCGCUGGUAGCGGAAGUUCUUAAAGAUGAUGCCGAGAAACUAAAGGAACCAUCGCGUCCACCAUCUGUUGCAGAAAGCAUAAAGGAGACAGCAACUAAGCAGGGCCCUUCGGAAGGAGUAGUGGAAACUGAUGCCAAGCCAGCUCUUGACUCUCAACCAGAAGCCGAUAUUGAUGAAGCUGAGAAAUCAAAGGAGCCAUCCCGCCGAGAAUCUGUAGCAGGAAGCGCCAAAGCAGAGAGCACUAAGGAUGAAAAGUCUCCACUGGCAUCGAAGGAAGUCUCGAGGCCAGAGUCUGUCACAGAAGGUCUUAAAGAUGAUGCCGAAAAGCCUGAAACCCGCCCAGAAUCGGUCGUCGAUAGUACAAAGCCAGAAGCCAAAGAUGCAAAGUCCCCAACAGAGUCAGCUGCGAAAUCAAAGGAACAAUCCAGGCGGGAGUCUAUAACGGAAAGCAUUAAGGCAGAUAGUGCAAAAGAUGAAAAGUCUCCCCUUGCCUCCAAGGAAGUGUCCCGACCAGCCUCUGCUGUAGAAAGUCUAAAGGACGAAGGCGGAAAGCUGGAUAGCCCUCGUGAAUCGAUUGCUGAGAGCAUUAAAGCAAGUAGUACCAAGGACGAUAAGUCCCCAGUGCUCUCCAAAGAAGCCUCAAGACCACAAUCAGUUGCAGAGAGCAUCAAGGGUCAACCGGAAGAACCUGAAAGCCGCCGGUAUUCCGUUGUCGAAACCAAUAAACCAGAUAGCUCCAAAAAUGAAGCCUCUCCCCGACCAGGAUCCGUUGAGGAAAGUGUCAAGGAAAAAUCUAAGGAUCCAUCCCGACCAGAAUCCGUCGCGGAGAGCAUUAAGUCCGAGGAUACGAAAGACGAAAAGUCCCCACUUGCUUCAAAGGAAGCUUCCUGGCCGGAAUUAGUUGCGGAGAGUAUCAAUGACGAAGCGGAGAAGUCCGAUCAAGCGGAAAAAUCCAAGGAUGCUUCUCGACGGGAAUCUGUUGCAGAAAGCAUUAAGGACGACAAUUCAGCACUGGCAUCAAAAGAAGCCUCUCGACCAGCGUCCGUCGCAGAAAACAUUAAAGAUGCAGCCGAAAGGGCAGAAAGUGAAAGCGUGAAACCAGAAACUAGCCCACAACCUUCUCGACCAGAGUCCGUUGUAGAAAGCGUCAAAGAUGAAGACGACAAGACCGCAAUCCGCCGAGAUUCAGUCGCCGACAGUACCAAGCCAGAAGAAAAAACUCAGUUUGCGUCGAAGGAAGUUUCUCGACCUGCUUCUGUGGUGGAAAGUGUCAAAGAUGAGACUGAAAAACCAGAAAGCCGUCGGGAAUCUCUUGCAGAAAGCAUUAAAACCAGCAGUUCAGUGGAAAAGUCUGCUCAGGCCUCAAAGGAAGUAUCCAGACCACCAUCAGUCGCACUGAGCGUUGGGGAUGAGUUUGGCAAUUCUAAAGAAACCUCUCGACGUGAGUCGGUUGCAGAAAGCACGAAGCCAGAUAGUACCAAGGACUCCAAGGAACCAUCUCGGCCUGAAUCAAAGGUGGAAAGCGUGAAAGAUGAAUCUGAAAAAUCGAAGGCUGCAUCCCGUCAAGAAUCUGUCCAAGAAAGUGUAACAUCCGAAGGUGUAAAGGACGAUAAGUCUUCGUUCGCUUCAAAAGAAGUGUCUAGACCGGAAUCAGUUGCGGAAAGUACAAAAGAUGAGGCAUCAUCUCGACGGAUAUCGGUGGCGGAAAGCGUGAAAGAUGCUGUCCAGUCGAAAGAGGCUUCUCGUCCCGAUUCAGUUGCAAAAUCUCCAUUGGCAUCUAAAGAGGCUUCCCGUCCAGCAUCUGUUGCAGAAAGUAUACAAGAUGAGGCUGAGAAGACCAAGGCGGAAAGUAAUAAGGAUGAAAAAUCACCGCUGGCAUCUAAAGAAACGUCUAGACCGGCGUCCGUUGUAGAAAGUGUGAAAGAUGAAGCCGACAAGUCCAAGGAAUCAUCUCGGCGAGAGUCCCUGGUCGAAAGCGUUAAGGCGGAAAGCAGCAAGGGUGACCAAUCUCCCCAGGCAUCCCAGAAAGCAUCAAGACCAGAGUCCGUGGCAGAGAGCGCUAAAGACGAAGCUGAAAGGCCAGAAUGUCGUGCCGAAUCUGUGGCCGAGAGUGCUGAGGACGAAAAGUCGCCAGCAGCCUCGAAGGAAGUUUCACGGCCGGAGUCCGUCGCGGAGAGUGUAAAAUCAGACGUCUCCCGACCGCAGUCGGUGGCAGAUGAGGUCAUUGAUGGCAAAUCAAAGGAAGCUUCGCGCCGAGAGUCCGUGGCUGAGAGUGUAGAGGCUGCGAGUAAAAAGAGUGACUUGCCAUCCGCCUCACCCAAGGAUGCAUCGCAGGAGGCAUCACGUCGCGAGUCAGUGGACGGCAAGUCAUCACAUGUCAUCAUAGGUCCAGGCAAGUCGCCGGCUGCCUCAAAGGAAGCAUCCCGUCCUGCGUCGGUGGCCGAGACCGCCUCCUCUCCCAUCGAAGAAGGUCCACGCCCUGUCGCUGACUUGACUCUGUCCCUAAGCCAAGUGACAACCGAAAGCAAAGGCAAGCUUCCCACUUUGUCGAGUCCCAUUGAUGUUGCUGAAGGCGACUUCUCGAAAGUACAAGUUGAGUCCUCCGCACAGCCAGCUGCUCUCUCCAAACCCGCGGAGCUCUCCCAGUCGGAUACGGGGCACACAGCCUCCAGCCCCGUGGACGAGGCAUCUCCUAUCCUGGAGGCCAGUGAAGUUGUGGAGGAGCAUAUCGCCGCAUCAGCAGAAGCAGACUUGUUGGGUAUUGAGGAAACUAAAUCAGAGACAAAGCAAUCGGAAUCAUCAUUUUUCGAAUCAUUCGCCACAAAGGUGGAUGAGAAAAUGCAGAAGCUUGAGGGCUCAGUGAAGCAGGUGGAGGAGAAGAUCGAGAGUUCGGUGAAGCAGGUGGAAAGCACUGUGGUAGAGACUUUGCAACAGGUGAGCAAGGAGAGCAGGGAGCAACUGACAGAGAUUAGCUCCGUUCUGGAUACCAAGAUCAGCAGCGUGACCAGCCUACUCUCUACUGCCUUGGAUACAGUCGAAAAGAAGGAGCACCAGGUGACCGAGAAACUGAGUGAGAAGGCAACCGAUCAGGUUACCGAGCAAAUCACUAAAGUCACUGGGGAAAGUGGUCAGGAGAAGAGCAGCCUGGAUCUGGGUACGUUCUCGGAGCUGCGUGAGACGCACAUUACCACCGUGGGCUCGCCCGAGUUCACGGUCACGAUCUGCGAGCGCGAUGAACCCGUACUGCACGACAUCAAGGAAGAGGACGAGGAGCACCGCUCUUCGCCGCCCAGUGAUGGCGACAAGACAGGAAUCCUGCAAGCCCAGCCGAUGCGACCGCUUUCGCCGCGCGAGGAAGAAGUGGCCAAAAUUGUGGCAGACGUGGCCAAGGUUCUGAAGUCCGAAAAGGACAUCACCGACAUUAUACCCGACUUCGACGAGCGCCAGCUGGAGGAGAAGCUCAAGUCCACCGCCGACACAGAGGAGGAGUGCGACAACAGUGCGCUGGAGAUCUGCGUGAAGGCGGAGAUCGAGUCCGAGAAGUCAUCGCCCGACCAAAAAUCCGGCCCCAUUUCCAUCGAGGAGAAGGACAAGGUCGAGCAAUCGGAGAAGGCGCAGUUACGCCAGGGAGCAUCUGCUGUCAGUCGCCCGGAGUCAGCGGCCAGCCAACCAGGGGCGGAGGAGGAGGAGGGCCAGACCAAGGAGCAGUCAUCCCCCGUCCCAAGCAAAGAGGGAUCACGACGUGAGUCCGUGCUUUCCUCCAAUAGCCACAAGGAUCAGGAAUCAUCGCGCCCCCAGUCCGUUGCCAGCCAGAAUAUCGACAUGGACAUCAAGAUCUCCAGCCAAGCAUCUAGCACCAAGGAAGAGCUUCUUCACUCACUAACCACUGAAACUGUGGAGAGCAAAAAGUCGGCGGAGAAGUCGAGCGUGGAUUCCGAAUCCACUUCGGUAACCAAGUCCACCACAAUCCUCUCCAGUCAGUCGGUGCAGCUGCGAGAGGAUUCCACUAGCGACUCGUUGAGCAGCAGCCUCAAGGUGGAGGACAGCUCCCGGCGCGAAUCACUUUCCAGUUUGCUGGCCGAGAAGGGAGGCAUCAGUAGCAGCAGCCUUCUAAAGGAGGACAUCAGCACCGCAUCAGCAUCCCAGCUCGAAGAGCUGCUGGUGCAGUCCGAGGAGUGCUCAUCGGAGUCGAUUGUCAGCGAGAUUCAGACCAGCACCGCUCAGACCAGCAAGUCGGUUAGGGAAACCAAAGAGACCAGGGAUACCAAGGAAUCCAGCAGUUUCAGCAAAGACGAGAACCUCAAGGAGACGGUCGCCGAGUUUCUGGCCACCGAAAAGAUCGUCUCCGCAAAGGAGACCUUCAGCGCCGAGGCCACCAAGACGGCCGAGGAGUGCCUGAAGAAGGCCACCGCCAGCUGCACCCAGCGGACGCUCUUCGUGGGCACGGACGAGUCGCGUCGGGAGUCCUUGCUGAGCCAGACCAGCGAGGGCCGCCUCACCCACAGCGAUCCCGAGGACGAGGAGCCCGACGAGGAAGACGACGAGCGCGCCAGUGUGAAAGAGGGCCGCUCCAAGUCCAUUGCUACCAUCAUGAUGACUAGUAUUUACAAGCCAUCCGAAGACAUAGAGUCAAUUGCCACGCUCGCCGAGGAGGAGCACGAUCAAAUGGAGGACACUAAGGCCACCUCCACCACCACCAGCAAGGCCACCACUCUCCUGCAGUCCAGUGAGCAGAGCAGCAGCACCACCACCACCAGCAGCAGCUCAAAGACCUUCGCCUCCAAAGUGGAGUCCAUCACGUUCACACAAAUCGAUCAGAUACCGGUUGAGCCCGCAGAUCGCAAGACGCCGCCCACGGCGCCCGUCAGUCCCGGCGCCAAGCCAUCGAGCUCGUCGGGAUCUGCUGCUGGCUCUGCAAUGGGAGCUGGAGCCGGAGCAGCUGGCGGAAAGUGCGAGUCCAGCGCAGCCAGCAUCGUCUCCUCCUCGGGACCGCUGUCGCCCAAGGAUAUCAGCGGUAAAUCCAGUCCCGGCGCCCUCACCUCGGAGAGCCAGUCCAUUCCCACGCCGCUAGGGCGCGAGUCGCACACAGAGACCCCGGAGUCAUCGCCCAAGCCCACGUCGCCAUUCCCGCGCGUUACCAAGGACGAGCUGAAGUCUCUGGAAAUUGAGCAACACGAACAGGAGCAUAUGCUAGCAGAAGCAGGAGCAGUUGCGGCCGGAGCUGAAUGUGAGCUGGAUCUGCCCGAGCUUCACGAGCUGCGUGGACUCGAGAGCACCACGGGUCUGAGCGGCAGCACAGAGAAGAUAAUCACCACAACCAUUACCACGGUGACCAAGGUGAUCUCGGCGGACGGGAAGGAGAUAGUGACCGAGCAGAAGACGGUGACCACCACGGACAGCUCGGAGCCGGACAGCGAGAAGGUGGUGGUGACCACCACGCGCACCACCAGCGAGAGCGAGCGCGACCAGCUGCUGCCCAAGGAGGUGGCCCUGCUGCGCGGUAUGCACCGCUCCAGCACCCCUGGCAGCGAAGACGACGAGGACCUGCUGCUGGGAUCCCCGCGCAGCGCCACCAGCUACGAGCUGCAGCUCUCCAGCUCGGGCGUGAGCAAGCGCUCCGACCUGGACGCCGACGGAGAGGGAGACGGAGACGAGAGCCAGGACGACAUUCCGCCGCAGUACGGCAGCGAGGAGCACUCGACGGCGCGCUCGAUCCUGCUGCCGCGCACGGUCGACCCCAUGGCCACCUCCUUCUACGGUGCCCUGCCGGACAGCUUUGACACGGCGGUGCUGAAGCCCAGCACCGAGCCCAUUCCCAUCCUGGACGCCGUCCCGUCUGGCGAUAGCCAGUCGUCGGAGAGCGUGGAAAGCACCAGCCAGACCUGGGCCGGCCACAAGUUCCUCGACCAGGCCGACAAGGACUUCCAGCGGGCGCUCGAGGAGCACGUGCAGGCGCGCGGCGCCGAGGUCAUGUCUUCCGUCACCGCCAAGUACUCGUACUCACCCUCGAAGGCCGAGGAGAUGGAGCAGAUCGUGAGCAGCACAGCGGAGCGGCAGCGCUUUCCGCUGAGCGAUGUCCAGCGCUCCCGUGUGGCAGAGAGUGGCUUUGCCACCGUGGGCAGUAAGCCGGAGGAAGACGCCACCGCCACCGCCGCCGCCACCACCACUGUAGCCACUAGCACUGUAGCCACUACCACAUCCACAACGAGUUCCACCGGAGCCCUGCCCAAGGACCGUCUGGAGGAGUGGGGCAAGCCCUUGGGCCUGCCAUCGCCAGCACCUCUGCCCGUGGAGGGCGGGGCCGACAUCCGCACCACGCCCAAGAAGGAGCGCCGCCUGGUGGCCACCAAGACGCGCCUCAACAACGAGAAAAAUCUGCGCAAGCGCAGCGAAUCGCCCAACAAGGCGGCCAAGAAGCCGGCGCCCGUCUACGUGGACCUCACAUAUGUUCCGCACAACGGCAACUCCUACUACGCCCACGUGGACUUCUUCAAGCGGGUGCGAGCCCGUUACUACGUCUUCUCCGGCACGGAGCCCAGUCGCCAGGUGUACGAUGCGCUGCUGGAGGCCAAGCAGACCUGGGAGGACAAGGAGUUGGAGGUCACCAUCAUACCCACGUACGACACCGAUGUACUGGGCUACUGGGUGGCCGAAAACGAGGAGCUGCUAGCCAAGCACCGUAUCGACCUCUCGCCGUCCGCCUCCCGCUGCACCAUCAACCUGCAGGACCACGAAACCUCGUGCUCCGCCUACCGCCUGGAGUUCUAGGCCACGGGCUUGUUUAUUGCAUUCGACGAUGACUAAGCCAGCUCAUAACCGUAACGCACCCAACCAAAGCAGCAGAUGAGGAGCAGGAGAUGGAGUAGAAGGAGUGGAGCACUGCCAGAGGAUCGAGUCCAUGUGGGCUUACAAAGUGCUUGGACUCGGACUCUGGAUGAGGAUGAGGACGAGGAUGACGACCACAGCAAGAGGAUGAGAAUGACUAUGAGGACAAUGCAAUAUGGCUAGAAAUAAAGCGGACGCAGGCUGAUAUGGCGGAGUACGGGUCACGCGAAUGACGCCACUUUGUUUGCCAAUGCCGCCUAUUGAGCUUUCGUCGCCGACUUAUUUCUGCCAACCAAAAGCUACGUAAUUAAUUGAUAUUUAGUUUCAGACGAUUAAUUACCAAACAGUGCAAUGCAGUGGACUAGUCGCGAAGAAGAAUACACUUAUUUAUUGCUUUCAUUGUAUAACGUCAAGCUACCUUGCCUAGUAAUCCAAAGAUCAAAAUAGUUUUCAAAACCGCAUAGCUAAAAUAUACAAAGGAAAAACAAAACAAAACAAAAUGUCAAAUGACAAACGACAAAUGACAAAUGACAAAGCAAGAAAGCAUGAGAAGACACACUAUAUAUUUAAAGAUUAAAGAUAUAUUAAUAUUCAUGUUUAAUGUAUUAGUCGAAUCUUUAACGAACCCUCGCAAACCAGAGGUAUUCGAGUUUUAAAGCGAGAUUAACUAACUGCAAGUGUAUAGCCUGCAAAGUACGAGCGCUAUGUAGCCCUAGGAUCAUAAGCGACUAAACUUAAUCAAAUGUUGAAGGCUAGCAAGUGACUUAAAUUACGAUUUACAUUAACAUUAACAAGAACCCUUCACCCAAGCAAACCGAUAAAUAACCCUGAUAAUGUGCCUCCCCCGAGAUAUUGCCAUUUCCAAUCAUUUUCGUAGUCCAUUCUCACAGUUUCGUUUUGUUUGAGUUUGCGUUUGGUUCCGUUGUUACAGCAGGCAGCCGCAGAAAGACUUAAAACCCGAGCAGCUAUAGCUAUAGCAACCGAUAUACGUACACUUCCACUUCCACAUAGGGGAGCUAUAAGAAAAGGAUUGAACUGAAACUGAGAAAUGGGAACUGGGAGGGGUAGGCUUGAGAACACGUUUAAGAUGAGGGGUUGAAGGAUUUGACGCUGUUGCUGAAGGAUCGAUGAUGAAUGAUAAAGGAGGUGUUGGACGGAAGGACGACGACGAAUGCUGAUUUUACAAUAUAAGGAUAACAAGGGUUAGGAUGGUAGCGGGGUGGGACUAGCUUAGUUUGGAAGCUUAGGUUGGGUGGGUUGGGGUGGAAUGGUUUAAACACUGAAACACUAUUGUGAGACAAAUACGAGGAUGAGCAGAGAGUCAUAACUAAAUACGAUUAAAUAUGAAGUACACAAAGUGAAUGAAGGUUAUUUUUCUAUAUUUUUUUUACUUUUUCAUAGUCAUAGAAUAACAAAUUUGCAACAAACAAACAAACAAGAUAAUUAUGCAGCAAAAGCAGGACAAGCAGGCAAUUUUAAUCAAUGUAACCACAAGGUAACCACAAAACGGAACAAGCAAUUCGAAGCCACAGCAAAACAGUCCAAAAGAGCCAGUUACAAUUAUAAAUUAUAGACACUCGAGACAGACUUUUUAGGCUACGCGUAUAUUUUUGAGUUGCUUUUUAUAUAUACAACAGCAACAGAUCCGGGAGGAGCUGCAGUAUGCCACAUGCAAUAUGCAGUAUGCAACAUGCAAUAUACAGCAUGCAAUAUGCAACAGGCAGGCAGCAACAGAAAACAGUCAACUGGCUACCGUCCAGUCUACAACCGUUUGAUAAGCAACCAGCAAAAUUUAAGCAAAAUUAUACACACGUAGGGCUAAGAGGGGCGGGGGAUACGACAUGGUUUAUUGGGCCUUACGGUCGCAAUCCCAAUCCCAAUCGCAACCCAAAAUCGCGUUCCCCGUCCGACCAGCAGCACAUGGGAUAGGGCUUUUGAAUGCCAAUACCGAUCAUGCGUCUUUCGAUUAUUAAGUAGCAUUGCAGUCUCCGCUUCAAGGAUUUUAAAUUUAUAACCGAGAAAAAACAAAAGAUGACAUUUACUAAAUAUUAAUUUUUUUCCAAAUUCGUGCGCUAAGCGAAACAAAACAAACUAAACCGAAAUAGGUAAAGAUAAAGAAUACUCACACAUGAACUAUAUACACUAUAUAUAUAUAUAUAUGUACUUGAGCGUAUUGAUGUUGCUUAAAACGAAAACCCAAAAAAAAUAACUCUUCUCCCAGCCAGAAGACAUUUUUUGCCUUUCACAAAACGAAUUUUCCCUAAGAUAUGAAGACAUGAAAAUUAAAACGAAAACUUGUUAACUUUUCCCCCGUUUGUUUGCGACUUUAGUUUCGUCGAAAUCAGAUCAAUCAGAUCAGACUAUACACUACCCACACAAAUUACACAUGUAUCCAUUGCCUUAUAUCCAGAGAACAAACAGAUAUCUGCAUCAUACCUUAUAUUAGUGUAAGAAUCAAAUACGAUAUGUAUGACCUAUGAGAGUUUGUUUGUUGAAUUUGCUUUUACUUUUUAGCAGCUUCGAUUUAAAUCAAAUAUACACUAAAUGUACACACCCCCGCGCACACACGCACAUGCACACAUGGCGAGUGUAUGUGUGUGCGUGUGUGAGAGUGUGUGUGCUCUAUAUAAUCAUUAGUACAGCAAGUGCAUGCAGAAAGUAAAAUUGUUAUAAACAAAAGUCGAGAGAAGCCGAGCCGAAGUAUCGCUGACUGGCGGAUGCGGAUAUAGCCAUAGCUAAUGCCACGGAAUGACUAGUCAGGAUCAGGAGUCCAGUCGCUUCGAUUCGAUUCGAAUCGAAUCGGUAGGAGAAGGUAGACAGGGAUAGAGCGGGCCAGCACAAAGAUCCGAUCACAGGCAGAGGUUAGCGCGAAGAAAUAUAUAUGUAUUACAUUUUAUGAAACGUCAAGCUUAUCUCAAGAACUAUUUCCAAAACAAAAUCUGAAAUUAUAAUAAACGUAUUUAUGUGAAG